AUGACGCAGACUCCCGGCGCCCACGCCGCCCCGGCCGCGCCGGCGCCUCCACCCCCCGCCGAGGGCGCCGGGCUGUCCGAGGCCAUCGUGGCCGCGCUGCCGCCGGACCCGUACGACCAGCUGGAGGUGGCCCGCAAGAUCACCGCCGUGGCCGUGGCCGCGCGCGCCUCCCGCCUGGAGCACGAGGCCGCGCGCCUCCGCCAGAAGCUGGCCGACAAGGACCGCCUCGCCGCGGAGCUCGCCGACAGGGCCGGCGCGCUCGACCAGGCCCUCCACGACGCCGACGCCCGCCUCCGCGUCGUCCUCGAAGACAACGCUAAGCUGGUGAAGGAGAGGGACUCGCUCGUCCAGACGUCCAGGAAGCUGGCCAGGGACCUCGCCAAGCUGGAGACAUUCAAGAGGCACCUGAUGCAGUCACUGGGGGACGAUAAUUCUUCAAGUCAGGAGACAGUCGACAUCAGAACAUGUGAGCAGUCGGUCGCCAAAGCAAGUUCCUGGAGAGACGACGCGUCCGCGAGCAAUAAUCCUGCUCCUGCAUCCACCACACGAGCCGACGGAUCUUCCGAAGCCGAAAGCGUAAACCAGGAAGUGGCAAGGCCGUUCGAGCAGAAGCUCACCAUCACGCACAUGACCCCGCGCCUCAUGGCCGACCCGUCGCCGAAGCAGAGGUCCUCCUCCGCGGCCUCCACCAGGAGAUACUCCACCGCCGUGUCCCCGAAGCUGGCGUCCCGCGCCUCGUCCCCUAGACGGUACUCCACGGCCGUGUCGCCGAAGCUGUCGUCCGGCAGCAGCGGCGCCGGCACCGCCAGUUCCCCGCGGCUCGAAGGCCACAUGGCGAUGUCGGCGUGGCUCCCCUCCAGCAAGAUGUCCUCUGCGGCCAAUUCACCCCCUCGUGGGCACUCAGUCUCAGGACGCACGACAAGGAUAGAUGGCAAGGAGUUCUUCCGUCAAGCAAGGAGCCGUCUGUCAUACGAACAGUUUGCUGCUUUCCUCGCCAACAUCAAGGAGCUGAACGCUCACAGGCAAUCCCAAGAGGAGACCCUCGAGAAGGCGGACCAGAUCUUCGGCGCAGAAAACAAGGACCUCCUCCUCUCAUUUCAGGGCCUACUUAGCCGCAGCCUCACGUAA